AUGAUUAUUACGGGAAAUGAUAUAGAAGAAAUAGCACGGCUAAAAAAGAAUCUGUUCUCAAAGUUUGAAUUGAAAGACCUUGGGAAUCUCAAGUAUUUCCUCGGGAUAGAAGUUCUCAGGUCUAAACGGGGGAUCUUCAUCUGCCAAAAGAAGUAUGUCCUUGAUCUAAUGGCGGAAACUGGGUUGAUUGAUUGUAAACCAGCAAAUACUCCAAUGAUGGUGAACCACAACCUUCACAUGCAACUUAAUGGAGAGCUUGCAGAAAAAGAAAGGUAUCAACGGCUUGUGGGCAAAUUACUUUAUCUCUCUCACACUCGCCCUGAUAUUGCUUAUGUUGUUGGAGUGACUGGGCAGGAGAUAAGUGAAACCGAAGGUCAACAUCAGGGUACUUCUCCUUGGUCGGUGGAAACCUUGUUACCUAGAGAAGUAAGAAACAGAAGGUGGUCACUCAGUCGGUGUGAAGGGUAG